UCCAUAAACGGCACAGACAUCCGAUCAACAUGACAAGUCAACUCAUCUUCUUGACCGUGGCGGUCGUCGUCCUGGCACAAUUCUCUUUGGCUUUGCCUGCACGGCAAUCUGUGAAUCAAGAAGCAUUAUCUGCCGCAGAGGCGGAGCAUAGCGAAGAAGCAGCUGGAGCUGCAGCAACGGGAAAUUCUGAAAACACGGCCACCGAGUACCAGAAUCAUAAUAUAAUUAAGCUUACGUUACGUGAAGAAUCAUUGGUAAUCGAGAUCAACUCUGAGAAAUUUGCAAUAGCGAAUAAAGAUAUCCGACACCGUCAUGAUAACGUUACUGCGACGAAUACCGAUGAAUCAAGUGCAACCCUCGCUCACGUACAGCAAAGCGUAGAAUCGGACUGACAAAGAGUUAUCUCUUUCAUCGAGAAUGAUAUUCAUCC